CCCCCCCCCCUCUCUCUCUCCUCCCCCGAGGAACCCAUUGAUUAAUGUCUGGGUCACAGUGGUGUUUCCAUAUUGAUACCUCGAUUGAUGACGGCGCUCCAGGAACAAGCCGUAUUGACCAGCUGGAAAGUGAUACGUUUCAAUGUGUUUGGCGGAUGUAUUUAUGCAUAAUGGCCAUAAUGAGGGUUAGAUACAUGUGGUGGAUGCUCGGGAGAUGGAGGUGAAAGAUGGAGUUAUUGCUCUGUAUCCUGGGGGGUGGGGCAGGAUCACAUCAAUAUUUCUACAAUAACAACAACCCGUUAUACUCUUACUACCAGCAUAACCGAUGUAGAUAUUAUUUCUGUUAAUACCCGCUUGAAAUGUAGUGUGACUGCAGCACAGAUGGGAGAUUAUGGACUUUUUUUUUUUUAGCAGCCCUUAUUGCGAUAUAAGUAGAUGAAACUGCAUUGAUCACCAGGAGGAAAAAUGUAAUGUUAUGGCACCACAAAAUGGUGAUAAUAAUAUAUCAAAACAAGCUAUAUAGUGUGCAUAAAUGUAAUGUACUGUAUGUGCAAACUUUCUACAGGAUUUAUUGAAAUGUCUCAUGUGAAAAGACUCCUUGUCCUUAAGGUCAGUUGUUGCAGACCUCGAUGGACGGAAGCCUUCCAGGUGUAUAAAUCUGAGGGGUUGUGAGAGGAUCAACAAGGUAGGAAAAAUUACACACACGUAGACACAAAAUUAUGUUAAUUUUUUACAGUAUUUUCAAAAAUCUUGCCUUUUUUAUUUUGCUGGAGAGUUUUGUCAUCUUUCAGGAGACCGAACACUUUUAAAAGACUCUGAAGGGGAAACAUAACCCUGUGGUUUACUGCUCAUAUUGUAGACAUCAUAGCAUGGCACAAAGGGUCGUGGUGGGGUUUAAAGGGCUUUAAAGGGUUACAACUUUGUGCUUCCUAAAUGUAUUGGAUUAUGAACUCUUUGUAAAGCUACCUGGAAAAUAUCAGAGCCCACAAGGGCAGGCAGAAUCAUGCAAACACCACAUGGGAAGGAAAUACCUUUAAGUAACCAAAUCAUCAUUAAAACAUUAAAGACACUCAUAUUAGGUUGCCAAUUACAAAACAAGACUGUACAAAAGAGACCUGGCAAUCAGUACUUUGAUGAAUGAGCUUCCAAAGCAACAUGAGACUGCUUACUAGCUUCAAAUAAGCCAAAUCAUCUGUGCCCAACUUGCAGGUGCGUCAUUAAAGAAAAUUAUUAAGCGUGGACGACUCAAAAGAGGAACAGCUGUUAUAAGGAUAUAGUAUGAUGGACAUAUAGUAGUGUGCAGGGGUAUAGCAAGUGCUGCUAAUUAGCAUGCAACCUAAUUUGACCUUUUGUAGCCGUGUUUGCAAUGGUGAUUUCCUUAUUUUUAAGGUUACUCUGUGAGGUGUUUACAUGGUUUUGUCAGCUCCUUACUGCUGUGUGAUCAUAUUGCUGUGAUAUUUCCACGCUGUCUUUCUAAAAGUGGCUAGUUUUUCCCUCAUCGGGUCAAGUGCACACACUGCAUAAUGCAGAACAACUCCGCAGAGAGCGAGGAGUUGUGAACCCAAUUUUGCAGACACCCUAAUUUAAAGGACAGGGAGACAACAUGAUUCUGUGGGACUUGUUCUGCUUGUUGUGGAGAUUACUUCAGAGGCAGAGGGCAUUGUGUGGGGAAGAUAGUCAGUGAGAAAAAAAAUAAAGCAUUGAGCAGAACUGAUCCCACUUUACACUUUUAGGGUCAGUGGUCGAAAUAGGCUCUCGGCCUCCAGGUCCCUGUGACACGGAUCAGGGGCCCCAACGUAUAUCUGCUGAUUACAUCUCCUGAAGUGGAAAACAUGCAAAUAAUAAAUGUAUGAGCAACGUGCUUGUUUUUUUGCUUGAUUAAUUAUGCCGUUUAAUUCCAGAUCCACCACACCGCUCCGCCGUAUAAUUUCCCAGUGGUCUUGGCUGUUUCUUCUCUCACAUGCGCUCUCUCCUUCUUUUUUUUCCUUCCUCAUUGCAAAAUGAAUCAUGGAUCCAACCGUUUGUACCCGGGGGAGAGCGGCGAGCUGGCGAAUGGGCUGACCAAUCAUGAGCAUCAGAGGCAGACACACAGACGGAGGAAGCCUUUUGUUGUGUGCUGCACUCAUCAAGUUAGAAGACAACUACCGAUUUGGCCUGAAGAAAAUUAAAAGAUGGAGUCUCAUCCAAUCAGACUGGCCAGUGUGUGUUUAUCUGAGUGGGUGGCAGAGUUUCAGCACCAUUCAUAAUGUCAAGUGGGACCAUGACUGCCCUUCUAUUCCCAACCUGGCCAACCCGCUCUCAGCCUCCUGACAGUUCCAGGAUGCAGAUGAGGGCGAAGGUCGUCUCCGUAGCGAUCGACCCCACCGCCCCGCAGCAUGGCACUCUGACUGGCACAGUACGUGUCUGGGGAUGAGGGUCCUGCCUACGCACCUACACUUGAGGUGCCGGCGGAGGUGGUGGUGGUGGUGGUGGUGUUGGGGGGCACCGCCAGGGCAGAGCAAGGGGCUCCGGAGAGAAGAAGAAAGAGAAAAAGAGGAGGAAGAGGAGGAGAGGCAAAGUGGAUCAGAUCAACAGCAGCAGACUGAACGCUGGAAAUGCCCGUCAGGUCUGAGUCUGUCACAUCCUCAGCCAAUCAGAGCCUUCGUUAACAGCGGCGUCGGCACGUGAUUGGGAGAAGGAUGGCAACCAUGCCGUUUGUUAGUGAGGGGAAGUGUGUGAGUGUGGAGUGGGAUUUCCUUCAAGGACUGCUGGCGAAGCCUCCCACCCUGCCCUGUCUCCAGAACCUGCGUAAAGAGAAGUCUCGCAAUGCGGCUCGUUCACGGCGGGGGAAGGAGAAUUUCGAGUUCUUUGAGCUGGCCAAAAUGCUGCCUCUGCCCGGGGCGAUCACCAGCCAGCUGGACAAGGCCUCGGUUAUCCGGCUGACCAUCAGCUACCUGCACAUGCGCACCUUUGCCAGCCAGGGAGACCCGCCCUGGAGCCCUUUGAUGGAGGGAGACAGCAACUGUGGCAAAGUACGACGAUCGUCUCAUUCUCUGGCUACUGACAUGUUCGAGCAGCACCUAGGGGCCCACCUACUGCAGUCUCUGGAUGGCUUUGUGUUCGUGGUCAGUCAUGAGGGACGGUUCCUCUACAUCUCAGAGACAGUUUCUAUCUACCUGGGACUCUCACAGGUGGAGCUGACCGGCAGCAGUGUGUUUGACUAUAUCCACCCAGCGGACCAUGUCGAGAUGGCCGAGCGGCUGGGAAUCAGGCCACAUCUGAGGGCCGAGGCCGGCUGCCUCGUGGCCCCUGAGAGCGCUUCCAGUUCCGCAUCCACCUCCUCCCUGGCUGGAACCCCUGAACCCGCUCCAUCUAGUCCUCAUUCUCCUGCUGACGAUCCACCCGACCGUGGCUUUUUCAUCCGCAUGAAGUCCACGCUCACCAAAAGGGGCCUGCACGUCAAGUCUUCUGGAUACAAGGUAAUCCAUGUGACAGGACGAAUCCGCUGCCGCCCUGCACUCGUGCCGGGCUCCACGCGUUCAGUGCGUCGACCGUUGGGUUUGGUUGCGCUGGCACACACACUCCCACCCUCCACGCUUAAUGAAGUCCGCAUGGAGAGCCAAAUGUUUGUCUUCCGAGUGAACAUGGACCUACAGGUCACAUAUUGUGAGAACAGGAUCUCAGAGUAUAUGGAUCUGACCCCAGCAGAGGUGGUGGGACAUACCUGUUACCACUUUAUCUAUGUAGAAGAUCUGGAAAACCUCCGACAGAGCCAUGAGGACUUGCUGAGGAAAGGCCAGGUGGUGACCGGUUACUAUCGUUGGCUCCAGAGGAGAGGAGGCUACCUGUGGAUCCAGUCCACUGCCACCGUCUCCAUCAACCACAAAGCCCCCCAUGAACGCAACGUCAUCUGGGUCAACUACGUCCUGAGUCGAACAGAGUUGCCCGAUACUCCCCUGGAUCUACUGCAGCUACCAGAAAACAUAAGAGCAGAGCGACUUCGAGUUAGCUCGUCCCCCACCGACAGCUCCCCACAGGCCCGAGGCUCGCAGCCAGUGAAGAGCUCAGUGGGGAAGAUUGACCCCGACACUAAAGGCAGAGACAAAUUCACCGUCUCAGCAGUCCAAUCAGAGGAUAGGAGGAAGCGUCUGCUGAGGUCCGAACCCGAGGGCGCUCCUCCUGAAACCCGUCGCAGGCUGGAGGAGCUCCGUCAUGCAGAGGAGAGUGUGUCAGCCUCCUCUGACCUGGCGAGUGAAAGCGAGGGGGAGGAGGAGGAAGAGACAGAGUGGGACCAGGGGGGAGAUAGUGACAGAUUGAAACAAGAAGAUGGCGGGGGAGGAGGUAAACAGAGUAGGGGAGGAGACACCCCGACCAGAGGGGAGAGGGGUAGCAGGGUGCACAACGGCCGGGCUGUGAUCCAGCAGCUGAAGAGCGUAGUGACCCCGUCUCCCCUGCCUGGCAGCCCCAGCAUCAAGACUGAACAUGAAGCCCUGACCACCGGGGGGCGCUGGGGGUCACACACGCAAACCUCCACUUCGCACACACACUCCACCCAGCCCCAACCCUCACAUGCACACACACCCUCCAGCAGCCUCAAUGGUGACAGCCCCACCACCCCGAUCCCCGACUCUUCAUCUAGCAGUGAGGCCCCCCCAAAAGGCUUGUUCACACCGCCGUCCCCGGCUUUGUCCCCAGCCAUGUCCGUGUCCUCCCCGCUGCCCCGUGAUGAGAGAGCCGUGUCAGGGGUGGUCAGCCGGAGCAGUGGUGGUGCAGGUAGCGGCCCUGACUUUGAACUGCUCCAGAGACUGGCUGCAGGUGGCGCAGCCGGGCGGGUCCUCUUCCACCCCCUUGCCCUCGGCCCGCAGGGCCCUCAGAGCCUCUACGCUCCCAGCACUAUCCGCUAUGCUCCACCUGAGCUGCCCCCCUCCCACCACCACAGUGCGGGACACAGCGAUGGCCUGCAGCUACGCUCGGACCACCACAAGGGACCCCCGCCAGCCUUCUUCCCCCACCUACAGCGGUUGGCCGGCUUGCCACCCUUCAGUGGUUUCUCCCCGUCUGACAGCCCUUUUUCCUCCGGCCUGCCCUUCUGUAUGAAUGGACUGAGGGGGGCCGCAGGCUCCGAGGAGGACUGAGACUCAGAGGGGAGGAGGUGAAGAUAAAAAUGAAGGACGGAGCAGAGUGACAGACCAGAAAGAGAGACAUUGAAAAGGGCAGGAGAGUCAGAAGUGGCAGGACAUUAAGCCUCUAAGGACGUUACUAAUUGGACAAUAAGUUGAAUAACUGCAAUCUAAAAUAUGUGACAAGUCGCUGCCGUAGGGAUUUAUUGUGUCUGCCUGUUGUGGACAAGUGACAGUGACUCUCAGAGAAAACGGGACAUGGAAACUUUUGACUGGUUGUCCCUCAAGACUUUCCGUCUCUACAACAAUAAUGAACUCUGCUCUGUGUCUUUCUCUAGAUGACUGUGUUGAUUUCUGUGUCUCUUCCACUCAGAGAAGCCAUAUUGUAUAUAGAGACAAAACCAUAAAGACCCUCAGCUCACAUCCUCCUCACUGUCACUCCAAUUAACCCAAUUAACCCUAAAGCCAGUAGAAAGAGAUGGACACUUGUAGGAAUGAAAGUGACUUUGGAAUAUACAUUUUUAUUAUUGCAGUAUUAUACAAGUCAUCUCUUACGCUGAGAUCCAGGUGAGAAUUUGAUUAUAGGGUUUCCCUGAAAAUAGAUGGAGACAACCCUCUGGUGUUUUGUAUUGAGAUUCAAAAUAAUAAUAAUAAUAAUAAUAAUAAAUAAAAAAUCCAAGUAUUCAUCAGUCAGCCAUACUUAAAGCACACUAAUGGGACAAAAAUAUGAAAAAUAUAGUCCCAGACAUUCCAUUAUGUAAAAGGGAAGAAAAUGCAAUGCAGACAGGACGUUAUUUCUGUUGUUUGAUCAUAGGAAGGCCAUUUGUUUAACUGAUUAUUAAUUAUAGUAUAUUCUGUAUGAUGCUGCGAUUAUGUUUGUGUAUGAAAGCCAUAUUCUUGUUUUUUUAAGGUUUUUAUUGAUUUUUGUUUUUUUGCACCAGAUAAAACCGAUGGAAGGAUGGUGCAAAAAAUGUGUCUAUACAGACAGAAUAAGGUUGUUUAAUUGGAUGUACAAUGUCAUCCAUGUACCUUUUUUUUUAUUAUUCUCUGAAAAAGAUAUUUCUGAAAAUGUUUUUAGGAGGGGAAAUGGUGCUGGACAGAAGUGUUUAUUAUCAUUUAAACCUCUGCGUUAUUCUGAGCACUUACUGAAAUUUGUUCUGGUGUGAACUCAAAGCACUUCAUCACUUAACACUCACUGUGUGGUCCUGUUAAAACAGAAAUCAAUGCAAGAGUGGUCACUAAUAUCAUAGCCUGACCACAGUGUAGUAGAGAGGACAAAUGGUCAUUUAAAAAGGCAGAUAAAAUAAACAGACCACAUAUGGUCAUUAAAAGACGACCAUUAGAGGUCAUUAAAAAUAACCAGAAUUAUUCUGAUAUUGGUUUCAGUUCAAUUGGAAACAAAGUUUUAAAUUAAAAAGUGGAAAUACAAAACACUUUAAAUUUCUGUUUCACACUGACUAAUUGGAAUUCCUCUUACGACUGAAAAAACAAACAAUACAAAACACUUUUUAUAUGAAAAAAAUUAAAUAAAAUUUUUUUUUUAAUUAGUGCUCAGAAUAUUUAAUCUUCCAUUUGAACACAAACAAAUUGGUGGUACUCAAACAACUGAGAAUCUUCAUUCCUAAAUGUGAUAUUUAAUAUUUGAAAAUGUGACCCCUUUUUGCCAAAAUGCAUUAAAUGUGAUGCAGAAAUUUUGAAUAGUGAACGUUUUACCAAUACCUAUUAUAAAUAUUCAGAAAUAAACAUCAGAUAAUUCUCUAGCACUUUGGAAUAAAGCCCUUCAAAUUGAUCUAUCAAGUGAUCAAAAUACACCUAAAUUUAUAUAAUCUGUUGAAAACUGAGUCUUCAAUGUCCGACAAUGUAUGUACGUUGUUUUUUGCUUCCUUAUUGAGAUUAUGGUCGACUGUCUGGCCUGAGGGCUCAGUUUAUGUGGAAAUCUCUGAUGUCUGACAGAAAAAAAAGAAAAGAACAUUUCUAAUUGUUCAGAUCCGAUGUGCACUACACACCCAUACUGUAGCUGUCACAUAAAAAUAUGUGUGAGCACACAUAUUCUCGGGUGUUUAAUGGUAUAAUGUGUGCAUAUGAUUGUGUGUGUGUGUGUGUGCGCGCGUGUGCUUGCUUGUACAAGUGUGUAUGUUUUUUGUUGUUUUUUUUUUUUGGUUGAAUUAAAUAGCUAACCCCUUGCCCAUCACUGUGAAGCUAACGUUAUCCUCCCAUCUUUGUGAAUACACCACCCACUCAUCAAUAAAAUGAACAAAUGUAAAAAGAAAAACAGUGAUACAGAUGACAAUAACAAUAAAAUAUUCCAGUAGAGGAGCACAACUCAA